UACAUGAAAGAUAAGGUCAUGAUAAGUAGAUUUUCUCUGCUUUUCUUUUAUUAUUUAAAGACUAACCUUCCUCAUAUCUGUGUAAUUUCUCUUCUGUCUCUCAUGUGUGUUUUAUCAUGUGUGUGUGAGGCUACCUCUCGUCCUCAAACAUACCAGUUUGACUUCACAGACGCAGUUUUCUACUGGUGGAAAUAUGGAUUUUGAUUUCAAGGUGCUCAGUUUUUAUUUUAUGCUUUUGGCUGGAUGUUUGUUCCUGAGCAGCAGCUCAGAAGAGCUGCCAGCUGAUCGGCUCCUUCCACCAGCUCCGCGGGGGGAGUCCUCCUUUCUGAAGCCCACAGUAAUGAUCACCAUCCUCGCACGCAACGCACAGCACAGCCUGCCUUACUUCUUGGGAUGCAUCGAAAGGCUGGACUAUCCAAAGAACCGCAUUGCCAUCUGGGCAGCAUCUGAUCACAGCGUGGACAACAGCACAGCCGUCCUCCAGGAGUGGCUCAGAGGAGUUCAGCACCUGUAUCACUCUGUGGAGUGGAGACCCACGGAGCAACCCAGCUCCUAUGAAGAUGAGGAGGGACCAAAACACUGGUCCAGCUCCCGGUUCACCCAUGUGAUGAAGAUAAAGCAGGCGGCUCUAAAAGCUGCCAAGCAUCUUUGGACAGACUAUAUACUGUUUGUGGACAGCGACAACUUACUAACAAACCGCCAUGUCCUAACUGACCUGAUCUCAGAGAACUUAACCAUCGUGGCACCCAUGUUGGAAUCAAAAAGCCUUUACUCCAAUUUCUGGUGUGGCAUAACUCCCCAGGGCUACUACAGACGAACUCCGGAGUAUAUUCCCAUCCAUAAGAGGGAGCAACAGGGUUGCUUUGCUGUCCCCAUGGUGCACUCCACCUACCUGCUGGAUCUGAGACGCAAAGCCAGCCGAGAUCUGGCCUUCUACCCUCCUCAUCCUGAGUACCCUUACCAUUUAGAUGACAUCAUAGCCUUUGCUUUCUCUGCAAGGAAAGCAGGCGUUCAGAUGUAUGUGUGCAACAAAGACCAUUAUGGAUAUUUACCAGUUCCCCUUAGACAAGACCAGACUCUGGAGGAAGAAAAGGAGAGUUUCACCCACACACUGACAGAGGCUCUCAUCGACUACAUGAUGGAGCCUUCAAAGUACUUGCACACUACAGCUAAAGAAGCUCGGAAGAUGGGAUUUGAUGAGAUAUUUCUGAUUAAUUUGAAGCGGCGUGCCAACCGGAGGGAGAGGAUGCUGAGUUCUCUGGCUGUCCUUGGAAUUAAUGUUACGCUAACUGAAGCCGUGGAUGGCAAAGCCUUGAACUCCUCUCAGCUGCAGGCCAUGGGUAUAGACAUGCUGCCCGGCUACAAAGACCUUUAUUCAGACCGUGUGCUGACCAAAGGGGAGAUCGGCUGCUUCCUCAGCCACUUCAACAUCUGGAAGCAGGUGGUGCAGCAGGAACUACAGCAGGUGUUUGUCCUGGAGGAUGACGUCAGAUUUGAGCCUAGGUUUUACAGGCGGUUGGCUGCUGUAAUGGACAAUGUGCAGAGAGUGGGGCUUGACUGGGAUCUGAUGUCAGCAAGUUAUGUGGGUCGUAAGCGGCUGCAGAUAAAGGAGCCAGAGCACUGGGUGAAGGGAGUCAGAAACCUGGUGCACCCUGGCUACUCCUACUGGACACUGGGUUACAGCCUGUCCCUGAGCGGAGCCAAGAAGCUGUUGCAGGCUGAACCCCUGAAUAAGAUGCUGCCUGUCGAUGAGUUCCUACCGAUCAUGUUCAACAAACACCCCAAAGACGAGUACAUGCAGUAUUAUAAGCAAAGGGACGUGAAAGCAUUUUCAGUGGAGCCUCUGUUGCUCUUCCCCACACACUACACCGGUGAGCCCGGAUACUUCAGCGACACGGAGAUGUCAAACAUCUGGGAUGACAGACUGGGACAGACGCACAGCUAAGCACAGCCGUGAACCCCAGUCUGAGGACGUAAGGUGUCAGCCUGGGCCCCACUCUCUCUCUGUUGGCAGUAACAGUAAAAUCUGAAGUGGAUGGACAGUAGUCGGACUGUGCCAUGUCACAUGACACAUCUGGACUGAGUUACUAUUAAAUUCUACUAAUAUCCCAUUCUACAAAACAUACUUUUUCUUUUUUUUUUUGGAAAAAUUGUCUGGAUUGUCUUUAGUCACGUGGUUACACUGAAAUUGAUUGAAGCCUAGAAAAGUCAGGACUGUAUUUAUUUAUUCUUAAUGUCUUUAUCUCCAGAUCACAAUUUAAUUGUUUUGUCAUUUUGAGUUUGUUUAGCUUGUUUCUCUUGAUUAGUUCAUAUUUCAUCAUUGUGUAGAGAAAUGUUCUCAAGAGGACCACCGACAUAACAAGUUUUGUUUUCUCAAGAUCAGGGUGAGCUCAAAAAUAUACAGUUAGCACCUAAUUUAAGUGGUAAUGGUCCCUAUUUGCAAUUUUCUUCUGGGAUAAAUAGUUUUCAUUUUAAUUUGAUUUUAUUUGCUUUCAGGUGCUCGGAAUAUAUAAUAGUGAAUUGAAACAUAAAUGUUUUAUUCUAAUCUGACCAAUGGCUUUAUGAAUUCUAAAAAACAGACUCCUUGUUUUGUCCUAAUUUGUAAAAAGAACUAAACUGUACAACAUAAA